UGUGGCUGGACUGGGAAGUGUUACUACUGGGCUCCAAGUCGGGGUGCGGGUCUUGGCCGUCUGACUCCUUCCAGUUAGUGGUCAUAUCUCUGGGGAGCCUGGAGGGGGCAGUGGUGUGCUUCCCCCUCCCGGGCUGAGGUGAUGGCUAGUCAGUGGUGAAGUACUUCCGGGCCAGAGGGCACGUGCGGCCUGAGGUCUGCGGCGCCGGCAAAGUCAGCGUCGUCAACGGAGCGGACGGAGCGCCGCCCUCAGGUGUGGCGGGCGGCGCGGAAACCGUGUGGAGUCAGUGUUGCCGACUCGGGUUCCUCGAGGGUGCCGGAAGCCGGGGAUUGGGAGGAUCUGGGGGCGCCGCGGGGCCCUGGACGGCGCAAGCACGGGCCGCGCGCCUGCCGGGGCAGCUUCCCUCCUCGCGCUCCCUCGGGGUCCGGGGCUGGAGGAGCCGCCCGGAGCUCGCAGCCCCUGCUCGGUUCUCUGGUGGUUCCGGAGCCGCGGGGAGGGAUCCCGAAGCUGCGGAGGGCACUGCAGGAGAUGGACUGCGGUGUCAGCUCGGGAAGCCGGCUUGACGCGUUAGCCACUGACGCCGCCUAUAGAAUGUCUCAUGCAGUUGUGGACCAAAAGAUGGAGUUGGUUUUAAAAAGAUACUGUGAUGUGAUACAGCUAUAAUUACUCACUGGAUGAAGAUGCAUAGACCAAACUUUUGUUGGGACUAUUAGUCUGUCUGAAAGUUUCUUCAACCACAGUUUCUCUUUGAAAAUUCAAGUAUCAAAGAAUAUUGUAAUGGCAUAAUGAUUUAUUUUGCUGAGGACUGCAGAUUUUGAAGAUAAUUGUUGGAUUCCAGUUAUAUUCUCAUCAGAGUGAUUCAUAUCAUUCAGUCUUGAUAAACUUAAUUUUGAAGAAUUUUAUAUCUAUAAGCAACACCAAAAGAUGGGAGAAAAAAAUGGUGAUGCAAAAAGUUUCUGGAUGGAGUUAGAAGAUGAUGGAAAGGUGGACUUCAUAUUUGAAAAAGUACAAAAUGUGCUACAGUCACUGAAACAAAAGAUCAAAGAUGGAUCUGCCACAAAUAAAGAAUACAUCCAAGCAAUGAUUCUAGUGAAUGAUGCAACUCUAAGCAAAAAUUCAACAUUGAAAAAGCAUCAUAUAUGUGUGACUCACAAUGAACAGGAAAACAAGUUAAAUGCAUUUCCUUCUACAUCAUAUGAAGACUUCUUUCCAAAAGACCGUACAUUUCUAACUAUAGAAAAUAAGAAAAUUCUCCCUCUGGCUAAUAAAGUUGUAGACUAUAGAGGAAAAAAAUCACCGAUGAAUUUAUCUUACCAAAGUCAUGAUUGUUCUGGUGCCUGUCUGAUGAAAAUGCCAUCAACCAUCAAGGCAGAAAACCCUCUGCAGCUGCCAGUCACAUGUCACUUCCAGAGACGACAUGCAAAGACAAACACUCAGUCUUCAGAACUUCAUGUGAGUUACAAAGCUCCUUGUGGAAGAAGUCUGCGGAACAUGAAGGAAGUCUUUCGUUACCUGCUUGAGACAGAGUGUAAUUUUUUAUUUACAGAUAACUUUUCUUUUAACACCUUUGUUCAGUUGACUCGGAAUUACCAAAAGAAAGAAGAAAUUGUUUCUGAUGUGGAUAUUAGCAAUGGAGUGGAAUUAGUACCCAUUUCUUUCUGUAAUGAAAUUGACGAUAGAAAGCUUCCACACUUUAAGUACAGAAAGACUAUGUGGCCACCAGCAUAUUAUCUAAACAACUUUUCCAACAUGUUUACUGAUUCCUGUGACUGUUCUGAGGGCUGCAUAGACAUAACAAAAUGUGCAUGUCUUCAGCUGACAGCAAGGAAUGCCAAAACCUCUCCCUUGUCAAGUAGUAAAGUUACUACUGGAUACCGUUAUAAAAGGCUACAGAGACAGAUACCAACUGGCAUUUAUGAGUGUAGCCUGUUGUGCAAGUGUAAUCGACGAAUGUGUCAAAACCGAGUUGUCCAACAUGGUCCUCAAGUCAGACUACAGGUGUUCAAAACCGAGAAGAAAGGAUGGGGUGUACGCUGCCUAGAUGAUAUUGAUCAGGGAACAUUUGUUUGCAUUUAUUCAGGAAGAUUGAUGAACAGGACUAACCCUAAGAAACCUAAUGCUACUGAUGAAAAUAGAAAAGAAGAGAAUAUUAUGAAAAAUACAUUUUCAAAAAAGAGGAAAAUAGAAGUUGCAUAUUCAAAUUGUGAGGCUGAAGUUAUCCCAUUAGAUUUGGAAACAUACCCUAGAAGUGCUGAAACUGCGGACUGUCCACUUAAGUUUAGUAAUGAUCCAGAAGAGCCUGUAAUAGAAAUGAAGUAUAACAGUAUUUCAAGAAUUCGGUAUCAUUCAGUUAUUAGAAGUCCUAAAUCCAAGACAGCCAUUUUUCAACAGAAUGGAAAAAAGACGGAACUUAUUUCCUUGGAUUCUGACACCUCAGGAGAAGACAGUGGAUUUCUGAAUUGUAAAGCCAAGAGAAAACAAAAGGAAUCAAGUUCAAACCAAGUUGGAGAUUCUGAAGACAAUCAGCUGCAUGAAUCAGAUGUGAUAGAUAUAACUAAAUGUAGAGAAGAAACUCCACCAGGGGACAGAUGUAAGCCAGCAACCAUGUUUGACCAUGAAAAUACUACAAAACAUUUUGAGGUUCAAAUAAAAAUGCCCCAAGAAGAGGAAUCUCCAGCACAUCAAAAGCAGCAGGCCUUGUCUGAUGGCGAGUUGCUAAGUGAAACCAAGAAUACUUCAUCUGCUUCUCCAGUGAAGUCCAGUAAAGGGGUUGUGUUUUUAUUGGAUGCCACAAAAGAAGGAAAUGUGGGCCGCUUCCUUAAUCAUAGUUGUUGUCCAAAUCUCUGGGUACAGAAUGUUUUUGUAGAAACACACGACAGGAAUUUCCCAUUGGUGGCGUUCUUCACCAACAGUUACGUGAAAGCAAGAACGGAACUAACAUGGGAUUACGGUUAUGAAGCUGGGACUGUGCCUAACAAGGAAAUCGUCUGCCGAUGUGGGACUAAUAAGUGUAGAAAAAAAUUACUAUAGCUGUGUUCCCAAAGCCUGUGUUGAAAUUAGUGUUUUAGGCUGAGAUGAGAGCCAUACAAAGGAACCCUCAGUUAUCAGUAGAAUUUAGGUUGGUGUCCACCAAGGUAAUUCCUGUGUUCUCCCUGUUCAAGGAUUCAUAUUUUCUGAUUUUGUUUGUGUGGUAUAGAAAUGCCAAGAACAAAAUAAGGACAUUUUCAGACA